AUAGUUGAUUACUACUGUGCAUGAAUUCGAAUGAAUAUUGUGUUGGUGCUGAAAUAAUUCAUAAUAAAAUAAAAAUAAUUACAUUAAAACUCUAUAACUUCAAUUUGUUGACUUUACUAAAAUAUCAUGAUUAAGUGAAUUAGUACUUGCCUCUGCUUAUUAACAUUUGUGUUAAAAUUCAUUAUGUCUUUUUGUGUGUAUUUCACGAGUUUAACAUCAGUUUAUCAUUUCUUUAUACGUUUCAUAUCAGUGUUAUCAUUGGAUGUCAAUAGAAUUGUAAAACAGUAUCAGUAUGGAGUAAGUUUAAAAAGAACUUAUUUACAUGGGAAGGAAAACACUGUAUACAUCUAUUGAUACAUACUUUAUCAUGAAGUGAAACAGUGACAGAUAUUUUAUGAACUUAUUAAAAACAAAAGUAAUUUGUACGAAAUGGAUAUAAAAACACUGAUAUACAGGCUGGAUUUAUAUCUAUAUUACACUUGAUAAAAUAAUAACAGAUCCUGAUGUGACCCAUAAGAAAACAUGUCGGAAAAGGUCUUUUACACCUGCAUAAUACCAAACCAAACGUGUUAUCCACGAUACCACAAUACAAAGAGGCGGCUCAAAGAUCUCCAGCAAAGAUUUGCUGGCUUGAAUGCUACCCUUAGCUUUGGAUGUGGUGCAGAUUUGACAGAAAGUUUUGGAGAUGUGCACUUCAUUAUCCUAAGCAAAAAACCUACGAAAUGUAUCAAAACGGCCAAUAAAUCUAUAUCAAAGGCAUUGUUUCCAAAUGGAGAUACAGAAGAAAAGUUUAUUGUAGGAAGCAGCUUGCAAGAAGUACUGACAAAAAUACAAACUGAAACGAUAGUAUUCCUGCCUAGCCGAAUGUCAGAGUUUUUACACAACAACAUCAGCAAAAACAGAGACGUUCAAUUCGUUAUUGCGACAAAUGAUACAAAGGAGCGCAAACAAAUUAUUGAUUUAUUCGAAGGUUACUCAAAUGUUAAAGUUUCUCUGGUUGAAGAUGUAAAGGAUACAGCAAGUGUGGGCCUGGAAGAAAUUAUUUUCAGACCAAUGAAGUAUACGACCGAAACCUUAGUGAAACUUCUCAAAUCAAACGGAAGACAUAACACUAAUGAAGAUCAAAAAAGGAAGCGUAGUGAAUCAAAGACGUACAUCGGUACGAACGCGUGCGGGAUCUGUUCACCAAUGAAACGUUUAUCAGGGAAACUGGGGAAAGGAACUAGAAAAAGAAAAACAACCAGGAAGAUGACAAAAAGCACACGUUUUAAGACUUGUGUAAAACUGCAAGGAAAGACGAAGAAUAGAGGCACAAGAAACAGAAGAAAAGAAAAGUUAGUAGCCCUGGACUGUGUUCAGAGAUCCAAACACGUUGAACUUAAGGAAUACGCAACAAGAAGUAAAGCCUAUAGUGCCAAAGUGCUGGAAGAAAAGAUACAAAAGCAUAGAGAUUCGAUCGAACGUCUCCUUGAUGAAAUAUUAGGAAUGUACGACAGAAGUAGAGUACCAGAAAACGAAAGACCAGUGAUCAAUGAAAGUCUUGAACUAAAUGUAAGUGAUGAGGUUGCAGCUGAGCUGUAUGCAAUAGAUGCGUGUGUUAAAAGUUGUGGCUAUCGAUUUGAAACGCUUCAAGUAUUUGUCGAUGAUACCUGCAAUGACGAGAUAAAAAACCAAGUAAGAGGCGUCUUAAGAAAGAAUAAAAUAAUGAACUAUGACAUAGUGCCAUCAAUUGGGUCUUUCAAACCAUUAUAUAAAGUAGGCGCCAAGGUCCAUCCAAACCCAGAUCGAAAGAGUUAUGGAACUGUUGCUGGUUUUGCAAAGAAGAACAGAAAGGAUUUGUGUGCCUUAGUGUCUAGACAUGUUGCUAUUCAUUCCUCUGACAAUAAUGUUCUUCUUCGAAACGGAUGUACGAAGAUUUUGGCAAAAAUUAUACCUGAAACAUUACCAGAAAUUCCAAACGAUAAAACACUUGACAUCUCGGCAGUUGAGAUAGAGUCCAUUGACAAAGAAAAAUGUGAUACAAGGUUUAAAACGGAAGAUGGAGUUCUAACGACUGGAAAAGAAAGUAGCUAUGAAACCAAACAACUUCGCAGUAGGGACGUACAUCUCUGGGGUGGUACAACCUCACCAGGUUUGGGAAUUAUAACCAUGCCGGAGAUUCGUGACAGAGAUGAAGAUAAAUCUUUUAUCAUUGUAGAAGACAGACAAAGUACAAAUAAAACAUUUUGUAAAAAAGGUGACAGUGGUUCUAUGGUAUGUGCUGAUGAUAUUAACGAUGAAGGGGUUGAAGUGAUCUCAAUGCUUAUCGGUGAAGAUGCAGAUAACCCGGGCAAAUAUGCUACAUUUAGAAUAGACAAAGGUUUACAACAAUUAAAAAGGCAAACUAAAGAUGACUUUCAUUUAUGUAAGGACUGAAAUGGGAUACUGACAUGUGUCUUGAGUAUAUGCAUGGAGUCGCAUUGGGUUUUCAUUUAUUACUUCGUUUUGAAUUAAACAGUCCAUAUGACAUUGCUGUUCUCCAGACUAGUACCAGUACUGAAUAUCCUCCAAUAUCAUAAGCAGUUCUUUCCCGAGCCUUUUAUAAAUGAAUAAUAUAAAAAUGUCAUUUGGAACCACGUCAGUUAUAUUUGUUAUUUUGUUAUUUUUUGUUGUUGUUUUUUGUGAUUUUAUUUUUACAUCUGGUAGUUAUUUUUCUUUUUUUUUGUUGUUGUUGUUUUAUUUUCUUUUUUGUUUGUUAUUUUGUUAUUUUUGUUUUAUUAUUAUUUUGUUACUUUAUUACUUUAUCUUACUUUUUUUCAAGUAGCAUUAACUGGACUUUGUGUUUCUCAUAAUUCACACUUUUUUUAGAAGUUUUGUCAUCCGGUGAUACGUUUAUAGCAUUUGUGUCUUAUUGUGUUUCCAGUUUCUUUAGAACUGAUGCAUUGAGUCUAUGAUACGGGGAAUAUUUGUUUGUGUUGAUUUAAGAUCGAAAUGUAUUUCACUGAGUGAACGCUAUAAUACAAUAUUUUCACGAGUGGCGUCGCCACAGGUUGAAGUGAUCUCAAUGCUUAUUGGUGAAGAUGCAGAUAACCCGGGCAAAUAUGCUACAUUUAGCAUAAACAAAGGUUUACAACAAUUAAAAAGGCAAACUAAAGAUUACUUCUAUUUAUGUAAGGACUGAAAUGGGAUACUGACAUGUGUCUUGAGUAUAUGCAUGGAGUCGCAUUUGGUUUUCAUUUAUUACUUCGUUUUGAAUUCAACAGUCCAUACGACAUUGCUGUUCUCCAGCUUAGAACGAGUACUGAAUAUCUUCCCAUAUCAUAAGCAGUUCUUUGUCGAGCCUUUUUAUAAAUGAAUAAUAUAAAAAUGUUAUUUGGAACCAAGUCAAUGGCACGGCUAAGGCCCUUACUUUUCAUCAUAUUACAUUUUCUUAUUUAAACGACAUGCAUCAAAGAUUUUGUCAUACACAAAUGUAACAUUUUCGGCCUUUCGUAGUGGUUAGUAUAAAAAUACAAUGACGGGUUACUGAAUACAAAAAUAACUGAGAUUUUGUUUUUACAUCCGGUAGUUUAUUCUAUUUUUGUGCCCCCAUGAGUGGUGGGGGCAUAUAGAUUUGGUCUUGUCCGUGCGUCCGUCCGUUCGUCCGUCCGAAGUUCGUGACACGCCUAGCUCAAAAAGUAUUUGAUAUAAAUUGAUGAAACCUUGCAUGACUCAUUAGAGAGUUUGAGAUUUCAACCUUCGCCUUCCCCUUCAACGUCUCUGAUAUAUAGUUGGGGUAAAACGUCACCAAUAUGCGUGUAUUUUAUUUAUAUCAGACGUUGCUACUAAAGUUUUCCAUGUAACUUCAAGUAAGCCUAAGAAUUCGUUUUAUUACUAUGUGAAAUAAAAAGCUUAGUUUCUGGAUUUCUGCUUAUUAAGUUAUUCGAUUAUCCAUUUGUAUAACUGGACUAAAUUUGAUGCGAAACACAAUCAAUAAGUAUAAGAAUAUUGAAGUUUUGUUUGGCUAAUGAUUUUAACUAAAUACAUUGAAUUGAACCUGGUAAAAAAAAAAAGUCUGUUCCACCUAUUACGUUUACCUCCUCGUUUCUGAAUUAUCAGUAUCGGUAACAUCGUCCAAAAAAACAUAUUUAUAUACCAUACAUCAAUAUCUCUAGACCUUUUUUCAUUUUUUCAAUAAAGUGUAUUUCAAAGAUAUAAUCUUGGAUU